UUCCUGGGAGCUAUGAUGAUGCCAGGGCACUCUACCCAGGGUGACAGACAAAAGGGAAAAAAGUUACAGACAUAAAUACAUGACAUGAACAGAUUAAAAAAUAAUAGAAUGAAUACCUACACCUACCAUCUAGCUUAAGAAAUACCUUCCAUGUUCACAUAUGUCACUUCCAUAUCAGUGUCUUUCCUUCUUCACAGACAUAACCUCUUCUGAAUUUUGUGUUCAUUAUUUCCUUGCUUCACUUUUAGUUUUGCUGUAUAGGUAUUGCUAAACAAUAUAUGGCUUACUUUUUGAUACUGACCUUUAUAUAAAUGGAGUCGUAUUGUGUAUUCUUCCAUGAAUUUUGUGUUGUUUCUGCCCUUGCCUGUGCUCCUCUUCCUCCCUCUCUGCUCUUUGCCUUGCUUUACAUGAUAAUUGUGAAUUUGUCCACGGCACAUUUUACCUAGGACUGCGAGUCAAAUGGCAGACUUAAUGGAGCUACAUUAGAACAUUUUUUUAGACCUAUCAAAGAUGCAGUUAGAUGUUCGUAAAUGUUCCUUUACUGUAUUUUCUGUUUAUCGAUUCAUUCUUCUCUUGGUUAUUGAAAGUAUUGCUAUGGAUAGUAGCCAUCAACAUAAUUACAAACUCAGUAAAAUGGAGAAGAAGUUCUUAAGGAAACAGAUGAAAGCCAGGCAUACCUUGCUGAGACAUGAAGGCAUUGAGACAGUCGCCUAUGCCACUCAGAACCUGGUUGUUGCCAAUGGUGGUUUGGGUAAUGGUGUGAGUAGGAGCCAGCUGCUCCCAGUUUUGGAGAAAUGUGGACCCCUGGAUGCUCUCUUGAUGCCACCUAACAAGCCCUACUCAUUUGCAAGAUACAAAACUACAGAAGAAUCCAAGAGAGCUUAUGUUACUCUCAAUGGAAAAGAAAUAGUGGACGAUUUAGGACAAAAGAUCAUUCUGUAUUUGAAUUUUGUGGAAAAAGUUCAAUGGAAAGAGUUGGAGCCUCAAGCCUUACCACCAGGCCUCAAGGUCAUGGAAGAAAUCAUUUCUUCUGAGGAGGAGAAACUGCUUUUGGAAAGUAUUGAUUGGACAGAAGAUACAGAUAAUCACAAUUUCCAGAAGUCCUUAAAACACAGAAGAGUACGGCAUUUUGGUUACGAAUUUCUCUAUGAAAACAACAAUGUAGACAAAGAUAAACCAUUACCUGGGGGUCUUCCUGACAUUUGUGAUAGCCUUCUGGAGAAAUGGUGGAAGGAAGGUUACAUUAGACAUAAACCUGAUCAAGUGACCGUAAAUCAAUAUGAACCUGGACAUGGGAUUCCCGCUCAUAUUGACACACAUUCUGCUUUUGAGGAUGAGAUCAUUUCUCUCAGUUUGGGGUCAGAGGUUGUCAUGGAUUUUAAACAUCCAGAUGGAGUCACAGUGCCGGUCCUGCUGCCUCGUCGUAGUUUGCUGGUGAUGACAGGAGAAUCGCGAUACCUUUGGACCCAUGGAAUCACACCUAGAAAAUUUGAUACUGUUCAAGCAUCUGUGAGUCACAGAAGUGGAAUUAUCACCAGUGAUGUUGGAGAUUUAACUUUAAGUAAGAGAGGAAUACGGACAUCAUUUACAUUUAGGAAAGUGAGGCAAACACGUUGUAACUGUUGUUACCCCUUGGUCUGUGACAGCCAGAGGAAAGAGACUCCUCCCUCAUUUCCAGAGAAUGAUGAAGAAGCCUCACAGCUGGAGCAAGAGCAUGUCCAUCGGGUUUAUGAAGAGAUUGCCGGGCACUUCAGCUGCACGAGACAUGCCCCGUGGCCGCGCGUUGUGGAGUUCCUGAAGGCUUUGCCAAGUGGCUCCAUAGUGGCCGAUGUUGGAUGUGGGAAUGGAAAGUAUCUUGGCAUCAAUAAGGAAUUAUAUAUGAUUGGAUGUGAUCGUAGCCGAAACCUUGUGGCCAUUUGUAGAGAGAAGCGCUUUGAGGCCUUCGUGUGUGACGCGCUGGCGGUGCCACUCCUCACUGGGUCCUGUGACGCCGGUCUCUCCAUUGCUGUUAUUCACCACUUUGCAACCGUAGAACGUAGGGUGGCAGCUCUUCAAGAACUUGUUCGACUGCUGAGGCCUAAUGGGAAGGCACUCAUUUACGUCUGGGCAAUGGAACAAGAAUAUAAUAAGCAGAAGUCCAAGUAUCUUAGAGAAAACAGAAUUAGCCAAGGAAGGAAAGAGGAGAUAAACGGUGAUGCCUCGGUGCCAGGGCUGCCUAUGGAGCAAAUGCCUGAUUUGGGCAAUCAAGACUCAGCAUCUUCUGUGCCCACCAUUAAUGACUUUCAGGAGGGAGGAUGUAAUUCAAGGAAAGUUACAGAUUCUAAGCUGCCUAUUCAUACUAACAGGACUUCUUUUCAUUCUCAAGAUGUGCUGGUUCCCUGGCACCUUAGAGGAAACUCUGACAAGGGCAAACCUGUUGAGACAUUUGAUCCAGCAGGAUCUCACAACCGAAGUCCUGUGCUCCAUCGUUACUACCAUGUGUUUCGUGAGGGGGAACUGGAGGCUGCCUGCCAGGCUUUGAGUAAUGUCCACAUUCUGCAAAGUUACUAUGAUCAGGGGAACUGGUGUGUAAUUCUUCAAAAGAUCUGAUUAUUUACAUGAACAUACCAUAUACGAGAAGAAAUGCUUCAGCUUCUCUUUUUUUAAAGAGUAAAUUAUCUCAUAAUUAAAGAGAAAACUAAUAUAUAGUUAUUUCUAGUUCAUAGUUUGUCCCCAGUCCAGGUACAAUCGGGUUUUUUAUUUUGAAAUUCUACACAAUAUUGUUUAGUAACCUGGCCUAGGUCAUGUUUCCAGGAGGAACAAAGGUAGAAAUGAAGUGUAGGUCAAAAUAAUUGUCGAGAAAGAAAAGGCUUUUUUUUUUAAAGAAAAAAAUUUUGAACACUUUCCUCCCAGCAUGUACUACUUUUGUAGUAGUAAUACUUAAGACUAUUUUAGAGAAAAAUUGCUUUCUGUGAAUUAUGUCUACCUAGAUAAUUAUGUAUCUUGUUAUAUGUUAGUGAUAUUUAAUCUCCAAGCAUCAAGCUUUCAGAAACAUGUAGAUGAAAUGAUGAUUAUUUUUGUCAUGGAAUUUCACUACAAGAUCCAGAUGUACAAUUUCCUCUGGAUGAAUUUAUAAGGUUCAUGAUAUGGGGAGAAGAAUAUAGGCUAAAAAUAAUUUUAUUUCUGAUACAAAUUCUGGAACUUCACAUCAAAAUUUGCAAUUCAAGUCAUGCUAAUACAUUUUAAAAUCAGUAUGAAAUAGAUGAUUUUCUAGGAAGAUGAAAAAUACCAAAAUUGACUCAAGAAGAGAGACAAAAUGGAAAAUGUUGGAAAAAUAUAAUAGUGUAAGAAUUCAGAACUUGGCUCUAGAAUCAUAUUUCCUAAGUUUAAUUCUAAAUUUGCCAUGUAUUAACUGUGGGACUUUGGACAAAUUUCUUAACUUUUUUAUGCUUCAGGUUUUUUUAGCUGUAAAAUUGGAAGAGUUGAUGUGAAAAUCCACAGAAAUAAUACUUGCAUAUUAAGAUCUGAAAAUAGUAUAAGAAUAUGUUAUGCAUUUGGGAUAUAUUCAUGAUUAUUACGUCCAAAGGAGGCCCAAAGGAGUUUUAGAUAUUGAAUGAUACUAAAUGUAAUUUGUUAAUUGUGUAGUAAAAAUCUGUGUUCUUACUCUUUUUUUUUUUAUUUGCUUGUUCUUACCAGUUGAGACAGAUGUGUUAAAAUCUCCCACUAUGGUUUUAGAUUUCUCAAUUUUUCCUUGUAGGUCUGUCAAUACCAAUAGUGCAACUCUGGAAAAAAUCCAAAUGUCUAUCAAUAGUAGAGUGAGUUAAAUUAUAGUAAAUUCAUACAAUACGUUAUUGCAUAGGAGCAUUUUAAGGUGCAUGUACUUUAAGCUACAAAACAGAUAAAUCUCAGAAACAUAAUUCUGAGUAAAAUAAGCCAGAUACAAAAUAAUACUAUAUGAUUUUUGCAGAGUUUAGGAAUCCCCAGUCACUUUCUACAACAACUACAAGUUUGGGAGACCCAAGAAGACUGACACUUCUGAUGCCAGUGGGAAUUUGGGGUGUUCCUAAGACCACUCUCAGGUUUGACAAUUGCUAGAAGGGUUCACAGAACUCACUGAAACUAUUAAUGCUCACAGUUAUAGCUUAUUACAAUGAAAGGAUACAAAUUAAAAUCAGCCAAGGGGAGAGGGGCACGUGGAGCAGAAUCGGGGCAUCUCCAUGCAUGGAGCUUUCAGUGGUCUCCCGAUAGCAUCGUGGAUGGGACUGGCUCACGCAAAGCUGUGUGAUAAUACAUGUGGUGUUCUGAGUUUUUAUUGAGACUUAGUCACAUAGACAUGGUUGACUGCACAUGCAGCUGACCAUUAGUCCUCAGUCCCUCUGGAAAUCUGAGCUGAUAAUUCUUGGCCCACUGUCUCCAGGUAAACAGACAUGCUUAUCAGCCAGGACAUUCCAAGGGCCAGAAAUGAACUCUCAGGAGUCUCCUGUCACGUAAGGGCCAUGCCUCUCAUGGGAAAAAGUUAACUCUUUACUACACAAUUUCCUUUAGGAAAAUAUUGAAAAAAGGGAAUAUCAAAGUAUAUUUUUACAAACUUAAGCAGCAGUCAAGUUUCACUUGGAGGGAACGAGGGGGUCUUUCGGGGUAUUAAGAGUGUCCUCUGUCCCCUGGGUUAUGUGUAAAAUGGGGGUCUGUACAUUUAUGAUUUGUAUACUUUUAUAAGCUUCAAAAUUUAAAACAGCUGAAGUAACAGUUAAAUGUUUUAAAUGUUUUUAAUAUCAGCUUUUAUAAGGUAUGGUUUAUAUAUAACAUUGCCUAAUUUUAACUGGAAAACUUUGAUGAGUUUUGCUAAAUGUAUAUUGUCAUGUAAUUAUUACUACAAUCAACCCAGCAAACAUUUUCAUCACCCCCAAAGUUCCCUCCUGCCCCUUUCAGCCAACCCUCUCCUCCUGUGGCAAAGACCGGGUGUGCUUUCUGUUGCUGUACUUUGGCCUCUUCUAGAAUUUUGUAUAAAUUAAAUCACACUUAGCAGACUGUUCAGUCAGGCUUUUUUCACUCUGCAUAGUACUUUUCAGAUCAUCCAUGUUAAUAGUUUGUUCCUUUUUACUGCUGACUAGUAUUGCUGACUAGAUCACUAUUUCUCCAUUCACCAGUUUGGAUUGUUUCUAGUUUAGAACUAAUAGUUUAUUAAAAAGCAACUAUGGGGUGGUGCCUGUGGCUCAGUGAGUAGGGUGCUGGUCCCAUAUACCAAUGGUGGCAGGUUCAUAUCCGGCCCCGGCCAGACUGCAACAACAAAAAAAUAGCAGGGUGUUGUGGUGGGCACCUGUAAUCCCAGCUACUCAGGACUGUUGUUUCAGCAGCUAGUUGCUAGGGAGGCUGAGGCAAGAGAAUCUCCUAAGCCCAAGAGCUGGAGGUUGCUGUGAGCUGUGAUGCUAUGGCACUCUACUGAGGGCAACAAAGCGAGACUCUGUCUCGGAAAAAUAAAAAGCAACUAUGAACAUUUGAGAACACACCUUUAUGUGGACAUAGGCAUUAAUUUCUCGUGGGUAAAUACUUCAGAGUUGAAUUGCUGGGUCCUGUGGGCAGUCUGUGUUUAAGACACAGCCAGACUGUUUUCCAUAGAGGCUGUUCCAGUCUGCAUUCUCACCAACACUUGCCAGCACUUGGGAUCAUCAGUAGCCAUUGGGGGGUGGUUAAUGAUGUCUUUUUAUAUUUUUAAUUUGCAUUUCUCUAAAGACCAGUCAUUUGGAACAUUUUUAUAUACGCUUAUUUGCCAUUUGUAUGUGUUGGUUGAAGUGUCUUAUCUUUUGCCAUUUAAAAAAAAUUGAGUUCUUUCUUCUUAAUGAGUUAUAUAAGUUAUGUGUAUUCUGGAUACAAGUGCUUUUUCAUAUAUAGGUUCUGCAAGUAUUGUCUGCCAGUCUGUGGCUUGCUUUCUUAUUUUCUUAGAAUGCCUUUUGAAGAGCCAACGUUUAAAAUUUUGAUCAAGUGCAGCUUAUCA